CCCCAUCAUUGGUGUCAGUGGGAGGAAUAGUGCCUCAUUAUUGGUGUCAGUGGGAUGAAUAGUGUCCCAACAUUGGUGUCAGUGGGAGGAAUAGCGCCCAUCAUUGGUGUCAGUGGGAGGAAUAGCACCGACCCCAUCAUUGGUGUCAUGGGGAGAGGAAUAGUGCCCCAUCGUUGGUGUCAGUGGGGGGGAGGAAUAGUGCCCCAUCGUUGGUGUCAGUGGGAGGAAUAGUGCCCCAU